AUGUUUGUUGCAGACACUGCCGGAGCAACAAUCUCUGUCGACGAAGAGGCUAACGGCGCUGCUGGCAGCACGCCCUCUGACUUUUCUCGCACGAACGUGACCCUGCCCAUCGCGUCUAUGUCAGAGAGGUCUAACGACGAUGCCGGAAUCGAAACCGACAGCGAAGGUCAGCAUGAUGGGGAGGAGAGGGUCGGGAUGGCGUUGCAACAAGCUGCAGAAAGCGCCCCCGCAUUGACCGGCUACGUUGCAGCUCUUUUCAAAAGGGUCACGAACUUUGACGAUAUCUUCUCCCGCAUGUCAGAGAGCGGAACUGUUGCGGCGCGGAAGAUCACGAAGGAAGAGGCGAUUGAGAAGCUACGCGACCGAUUCAAGACGAUGCAGAAGGAGGAGGGUGCCUUGGACUACAAGAGCUUGGCUGAGUCUCUUGUAAGCACGAAGACUCGCGGACAAAGGCCUCAAGUCGAGGUUGAAGGGGCGAUCGAGACACUGCUUAACCUUCGUACACACCCUGGUAUGAAGAGCCACGUCGACCGCAUACACAGGGAGCUGUUCUCCAUGUAUGGGGAAACCCUUGGGGAGUCACUGACCAAGUUCUAUUCCAAGGCGAAUGUGACACCGAACCAAUUUGUCGACAUAAUGUGGGGCAAAAAAGAGUUGUAUCUUACCGACGGCUUUGCUGAUGAGGCAAAGACUAAAGUGUUCAAUCAGGCCAUGAGAUAUCUGGGAGAACGGAUCCUUCCGGCACGCAAAACGGCUGGGUACGUCGAUGAUGUCGCUAGUAUAGAUAAGAACGCUUUUGAUAAGCUUACAAGUUUAUCGAUGCACGAGGCGCCCGGGCCGUAUAAGGCCUGA